UUUUUCACAACCCGGUCCAUUAAUGUUGAUAUGCUAUUCGGGCCUAAUCACAGGCUAUACUUUAUUCGGAUCGGAGAGAGAAUAUCCUAUCGGGUCGGGUAAUAACCCACAGUAGGUCCCGCUUUUGCGUUCCAUCUUCACCGCCAUUGAAACACAAAUUUACAACACAAAGAAAGCACGCACGCUCCAAUAACAAACUGUGAUUCUGAUUAUCCUUGGAAGCAAACAAAAAUGGGCGGUGGGAGUCGAAGAGGAAGAGGUAGAGGAAGAUCCAACACCAGCGGCAGCGGUAGUGGUGGUAACCCUAAAAGUCGCAAAAGAGGUUCACUCGCUAGAGAAUCACUUUUCAUCGAAGGUGGAUUCUUAUCCGAUUGGUCUCCUUCCUCCUCCAACCGCAAUUCAGGUAGAAGUGGUGGUUCCAAUAACAAAUCUGGGAGUCUACGUAGAGAAGAAUCCUCUGGUUCUAAAAGUGUAUUUGCAAAAUCUUUGGGGAAUACUAUUGGAUUCAAUUAUUCUUCACUUCAUGUUCAGGAGGUCUCGCGUGUUAGGAUUGGGAACAACAAUGAAGAUAGUAAUUUGAAGCAGCCGGUCCAACCUUUUGUUUUGGUGGAUUCCCAGAAGAAUAAAAUUGUUGCUCACGAAGAUCAGACACCUCCUUCAAAGCAGAACAGUGUGGAAUAUACCUACGGUUAUGGUGAUUUUGUUUUGGGAGGUAGCUCUCAUAGAGGACUAGGUUUCGCUGCUGAAGAUGAACAUGAGGAAACUCCAAGCGGCAUUGGCACAUCAUCUGAACAGAUGCUACAAUCAACCCCAGUUUUAGAUUCAUCAUCCUUUGAAAAAGAUGUUGGUUCUGAUAAGGGCAUCAAUUGUGAGUUAAACAAUCAGAUGGACGAAGACUUGCCAUCAAAUUUGUCUUCUAGGAAAAAUUCAGGGUUUCUUUCCAUCGGAGGUCUUAAGUUAUACACCGAGGACAUUUCAGAUAUUGAAAGUGAAGAAAAUGACAUUGAAGAGUCAUCUGAUGAGGAUGGGUCUUCUGAGCAAGACGAUAGCAAUUAUUCUGAAGACAUGUCUGACAGUGAUUCAGACAUUGAUGAAGAGGUUGCUGAAGAUUAUUUGGAAGGAGUUGGUGGUAGUGAAAACAUCAUUGAUGCAAAAUGGUUGCUAGACCCUGUUUUGGAUGAGUCUGAUGAUGAUAGUUCUUCCAGCGGCAGCUAUGGUGAGGCUUUGGAGAAGUUGGGUGGCAUUUCCCUUCAAGAAGCCUCAAGGGAAUAUGGCAUGAAGAAAGCCCAACCAUGGAGGAAACGAUCUGUAAAGAAGGCUGUUCCUUUUUCUCUGGACGACCUAAUGCUAGAAAAUGAUCCAAGAACUAUUUUUGCUAAAAAGAUGCAUCUUACUCGGUGUCCUCAGAAGAGUAAAGCCUCCAAAAGAAUUCAUGGUGAAAAAAAGAAAUUUCGUAAAGAAAGGAUUGCUGUCAAGCGUAGAGAGAGAAUGCUACACCGCGGUGUUGAUCUUGAGAAAAUUAAUUCGAAACUACAACAGAUUGUUUUGGAGGAAGUGGACAUGUUCUCUUUUCAGCCUAUGCAUUCUCGGGAUUGCUCACAGGUGCAGCGGUUGGCAGGAGUUUAUCAGUUGCGUAGUAGCAGCCAAGCUGCUGGGAAAAGAAGAUUUGUGACUGUGAUGCGAACACAUUCUACAUCAAUGCCAUCUCCAAGUGGUAGACAGCGCCUGGAAAAGUUGUUAGGAGUUGAUGAUGAGGAAGCUGAUUUUUCUGUAAUGGAUCCUAUGAACAACAAGUCGGUGAGUGCAGACAGAAGAAGACUGAGAAAGAAAAAUGCUAAAAGGAAUGAUUUUAGACUGCAAGAACUUCAAUCUGGCCAGAGCAAGACACCAAAGAACUCAGCCAGCAGAGGCAGCAGUAGAGUGAAGGACAAAAAAGGGAGCGGACAAAAAAGUUCAUAUGCUGAUCAGCCACUGUCAUUUGUAUCAAGUGGCACAAUCCACCCAGAAACUGUACAGGUUAUAGCUGUUGAUUCUGAAGAGACUGAUAGUGCAACUAAGAAGGGUGCCACCAGCUCAGCUAAUGCUGAUAUAGGUUCUUUUGAGGUACACACUACUGGUUUUGGUUCAAAAAUGAUGGCUAAAAUGGGAUUCACUGAAGGAGGAGGAUUGGGGAAAAAUGGUCAAGGUAUAGCACAACCCAUUGAGGUUAUCCAAAGGCCCAAAUCACUUGGUUUGGGUGUGGAAUUCUCUAGCAACGUUGAUGAGCCAUCACCUAGGGACAAGGCUUUGAGUAUUGGUACUUCUGAAAAGCGUGCCAAAAGCUUUUCAAGAAUAGGUUCUUAUGAAAAACAUACAAAAGGCUCUUCAAGUUUUGGUUCCUUUGAAAAGCAUACGAAAGGGUCUUCAACUUCAGGUGUUGGUUCUUUUGAAAAGCAUACAAAAGGGUUUGGAUCGAAGAUGAUGGCAAAGAUGGGGUUUGUUGAAGGUUCUGGAUUGGGAAGAGAAUCACAAGGCAUUACUGCUCCACUGGGUGCUGUUAGGUUACCAAAGUCACGAGGACUGGGCGCCAAAGGUUAAUUUAGAUGUCACUGUUCUAAAUACCGGUCGUCGACCCAGUCAGAGCAUUAAGUCGGUGGUCGGACUGGAGGGUCACUUACUGAACCGCAUGACGAGAGGGUCAUGUGUUUCCUAUACGUUCCUUUCUAAUUGUUUAUUAUUGCCCUAAAUAUUAAUGAUUCUGCAUUGUAAUUUAGCGUAACUGUGAUUGUCUAAAGAUCACUGUUAUAAUUAUCUAGUUUAAUUGCUUGUAGUUUUAUAAUUGUAGAAACAAAAUAAGAUAACUCGGUCCUACUUCUAUGGAGGACAUGUAGUUAUGUUUUAGAUUUUAAGAUACCUGCUACAUUGAAUCUGAAUUCUGACCAACUAUUGAAUGAACUCGUUGAGUUUUAUGUUUCUGUA